UUAUAAUUUGCAGUUAAAACAAUUAAAACAGCUCAUGAUGACGUCGUAAUUGUGUUUCAAACGUUUAUAUGGACUGACAAAAUAAUAUACAACGUUUGUAAAUAGCAGUGCGUGUUUUAGAAGUGCGGCCUCGAAAAAUACAAAUUUGGCAAACAUUUUAUACCGCUGCUGCGAAACGACAAUAAAUCGCGCGGUGUGAGAGCUUGCGACAGCUGUCAACAAUGGCGGACAUUGUUUAUCCCAGUACCUGUCGACCGUUAACUGAGGAUCUCGGCACAGAUGAGCUUAUACGCCGGCUUAAAACUUUAGCCGAUGAGCUUCAAAAGAUGGACCAGGAUGAUAAUCUCUAUCAGCAGUAUGUACCAUUAGCGCUACACUUGCUCGACGAUUUUUUCAUGCAACAUCCUUCGCGAGAUGUGCAGUUAUUAAUUGCAUGCUGCAUUGCGGACGUGUUGCGUGUUUAUGCGCCCGAAGCACCCUACAAGGAGCAGGAUCAAAUCAAAACAAUUUUCAAGUUUUUCAUUAAGCAAUUGCAUGGUUUGAAGGAUCCACGUGAUCCUUCUUUCAAGCGUUACUUUUACUUGCUAGAAAAUCUAGCGUUUGUCAAAUCGUUUAAUAUGUGCUUUGAGCUGGAGGAUUGCCAGGAAAUAUUUCAGGAGCUCUUCAGCACGGUUUUCAAAAUAAUUAAUGAUCAGCAUAGUGUCAAAGUGAAAAACUUCUUUCUGGAUGUGCUGAGUCCGCUUAUAACUGAUGCGGAUAGUCUUUCAAUUGAGCUGCUGGAUCUGAUACUGAUUAACAUAGUGGAGCCCAAUAAGUCCAACAAUAAGUAUGCACAUGAGCUAACAGAGCAGCUUUUGGUCAAAACUGGAGAUGCCUUCGAGUCAACGAUUAAAUUGUUUUUUAAUCGAUCUUUGGUCAUGGACAAACCAAACACCAAGCUGGCGAUAACAAGCAAAAUUUAUGAUAUCAUCUAUGAGCUUAACCAAAUCAAUGGAGAUCUUCUGGUCUCUGUUCUGCCACAGUUGGAAAAUAAAUUACUCUCCACUGAUGUAACCGAGCGACUGAGAGCCACCACAACUUUAGCGCGCAUGUUCUCGGAAAAGGAUUCACAGCUGUCCAAGAAGUAUCAACCGCUGUUACGCACAUUCUUGGGUCGGUUUUGCGACAUUACCGAAUCGGUGCGUGUGAAGUGCGUACAAUCGUCCAUGCACUUUUUGCUCAAUCAUCCGCAUCUACAGUCGGAAAUUAUUGAAAAGCUGCGUGUACGCCAUCAUGAUGUGGAUGAAAUGGUGCGUCAUGAGACAGUUAUGGCUAUUGUGGGUACAGCCAGGCGUAAUUUUGAUAUUGUGGUCAAUUCACCAGAGCUGUUGGAAAUCGUGCGGGAACGCACCAUGGAUAAGAAAUAUAAAAUACGACGCGAUGCGAUGAAUGGACUUGGGUUUAUCUACAAACGCGCUAUUUGUGAGCCAAACGAUUUGAGUGAUGAAGUCAAGCAAGGAGUGGAUUGGAUUAAAAAUAAAAUUAUGCAUGGAUAUUACAAAGUAUCGCUGGAGGAUAAACUAAUGGUGGAGCGUUUGCUUAUCACGCAUUUAGUGCCCUACAAACUGCCGCCAGACGAGCGCAUGAAAAAGCUCUAUCAUUUGCUGGGUGAUUUAGACACAAAUGCAACUAAAGCGUUUGUAGAACUGCAAAAAAAUCAAAUGAAGACACGCCACACGGUCAGCGAUUGGAUUAAGCUGCAUCACUCCAAGGAGUUCACACCACGCGUCCUUAGCCAGCUGAUCGCCAAGCAGGCGACUAUAGCCAAAUUACUGCCAGAUCCUUUGAAGUGCUCAGAGUAUCUUACACAAUUUAGUAACCAUUUACGCAAAGAUGCGCAAUUACUGCGCUACAUAAACAUUGUUCUAAAACGCGAUGUUAGCUGCCGCGAGUGUGCAGAUACGAUGAGCGCACUGCUCAAAAAACUGGGCGCUCAUGUUAUGACGAAUCUUUAUUAUAACACAGUCAAGAUGCUUAUCGAGCGCAUUGCCUCUGUUAUGGUCGACAAGGAGUCGAUUGGCGUGCUUAUAGGUCUAAUUGAGCAGUGUAUUCAGGGCGGCAGCAUCUGUCAAGAAAUUGGCAUCCCACCCAAAGAAGCUGGCGAGCGUGGUCUUAAUUUGCUUAGCAUGCUAUCGUAUGUGUUCUCUGCGCAUUUCAUUACGGAUACCUCACUGCGUCAUUUGAUUGCUUUGCUCAGCUACGACGAGGAAUAUGUCGCGCCGCUGGUGCUCAAAACAUUGACACAUUUGGGCCGCUAUCAGCCGCUUAUAGACGAUGGCAAUCCUGCUAUACUGGAGGAACUGGCGCCCAUUUGUAAAGACUUUGCGAUAGUUGGCACGGAUAAGCAGGCAAAGCAUGCGGUGCGCUGCAUUUUUGUCAACAGUCAAUCAUCAUCGACGGCCUCAGCGGAUGGCAAUGGCAAUGGCAGUGCCUCAACUACCACACAAAAUGUGCAUCCCAUUUUUCAUGAGAUCAUUGAAACGCUGCGCGUCAAACUAACACCCGAUUGUGAGAAUCAACGCACCAUGAUUGUUACCUUGGGCCACAUAGCAUUGAAUAUGCCGCAGGCAUUCUUAACUCCCAUUAAGAACAUGAUAGCGCGUCGCAUUGUGAAAGAGCUGCUCAUACAGGAGGUGCCGGCGGAUCGCGACUGCGAGUUGCCCGAUGGCGAGUGGUGCGAAGAAGAUCAACUGCCAAUCGACACGCUCUGCAAAUUGGAUGGACUUAAGACCAUGGCACGCUGGCUGCUCGGCUUGCGCAACGACGAGCAUGCGGCACAGAAAACAUUCCGCAUGCUGGCUGCCUUUGUCACUCAACGUGGCGAUUUGUUAGCACAAAAUCGUCUCUGCCCUGCGGAAAAAUCCUGGCUGCGUGUAGGCGCUGCCUGUGCUAUGCUCAAGAUAUGCGAGCAAAAAGGUGUGGGUGAUCAGUAUAGCGCGGAACAGUUUUUACAGCUCUCGCAGCUUAUGGAAGAUCCAGUUCUAGAGGUUCGUGAAAUAUUUGCACGCAAGCUGCACAAAGGUCUGGGUAGAAGUUUGCCGCGUCAUUGCCUACCGCUGGACUUUAUGGGCUACUAUGCACUCGUCGGCCUGGAGCCCAAUAAGAAAUUGCAAGAUCAGGUGCGUCACUAUAUUGAAGCGGAUGUAAAUAAGCGCAGGGAAUAUCUUAAAACUGUUGCAAUGACAAUACCGGAUAGCUCAUCGGAAGCGCAACAUAUUUUACCUGAUUUCAUGGUGGUCUUUGCCAUACCCGUGCUGGUAAGCAAUCCCAGCUUCACCAAUUAUGAGGACUAUGUGCAGUUGCGUAAAAUGGAGAAAUGCCUGCGCUUCAUAUUGGAGCCGCUGAUGGCAAAACGUGAAUCUUUUGACUAUAGCUUCUACAAGCAGCUGCUGCAGCUGAUAAAACAUCGUGAAUACGGACAGAGCAACGAAAGGGAUGGAACAGAUAAUAAUCACAAAAUGUGGGCGCUCUGUGAUCUCGCUAUGCACAUAAUUGAUGCCAAAGUUGGCCAGUGUGAUGACAACUCGAGCGCAUUCUCAAUUCCAAUGGCGUUGCCAGAAUUGUACUACAAACAGCCCCCUGGAAGUUUUACGAACAAUAAAAUCUAUUUGCCGCUGGAUGUCUAUACCUUGGGCGCUAACACAAAAUCAAGCAGUAAAACUUCGGCCUCCACAACGACAGCUGCAGCUCAUGCUGCAGCAGCUGGUUCCAAGCGAGCGGCAGAGCUAUCGCUCAUGGACGAUGAUGGAGAAAAUUCACAAGAGAAUAAUCUUUUUGAUAACAUUCGUGCCGCAGAUACGACGGAGCCGUUGGCUAAGAGAACGCGCGGCGGAGCCGCAGCGGCAGCCAAAUCGUAAAACAAAUUUCGCCUAUUUGUUAGUUUAGUGUUAGUCUAGUACCUAAGUUAACUAAAUAUUUAAGACUUAGUAUCGCACACACACAAGCACGAGAAAACAAUCAGAAGCAGCAGUCAUAUCCUGGGAAAUAUUUUAGAUUUGUUUGCUGUGUCAGUGAGUGAGUGGGUGAGUGUGUGUGUGCCUAUGUGUUAAGCAAACAGACCAAUAACCAAGCUGGCAGUUGCGCCAAUUUGUUAAUUUUACAUUUAUUCGUAGAAGUGCACAUUUUAUUUAAAAUUCUUUUGGUGUGCUUUGUAUUAUGCGAAAUUUUUUCUUGUUUUUAAUAUUGUCAACAUUUUAAUUCAUGUUUCAAAACGAUUCUUUUUGUAAUUAUUUUUUUUUAUCAAUUGUAUCGAAUAAAAGGAAAUUAGCUUGAAAAUUAGUUGAAAAAUUUCAAACACGUAAUUUAACGGAGCCUUAUUAAGAAAUUAAUAUCUUAAAAUUUUCUAUGAGCGCAGUUAAAAAUUAGUUAAUAUUACAUGCAGGAUUAAUCAUAAUACGCAUAUACAUAUACACAACAAAAACAUAUUCAUAAUUAACAAACAAAAUGCAUUAAAAAUGUAUUAUAUGAAAACAAUUAAACGUUUUGUAAGCGUAUUAAGCAGUAACAAGAAAAAAUUAUAAACACAAAAAAAACCGAAGAACUGUACGUUUAACUAUUAUUAC